GCUGCUGCUUUAUCUCAAUGAUCAUCUUUCAUUUCCCUUCACUCUUUGUUGCUGAAUCAUUUCCACCACCGACACAACACAAGCAAGCAUGGCUGCAAUACCUACUCAUGUGAAAGCUUGGACAUACUCCGAAUAUGGUCCCUCCGCUGAUGUUCUCAAGUUUAAUCAGAGUGUGCCUUUACCUGAGUUGAAGCCUGAUCAAGUACUCAUCAAGGUUGCUGCUGUUUCCCUUAAUCCUCUUGAUUAUAAGAGAAUGGCUGGUGGUUUCAAGGACACUGAUUCCCCUUUACCUACUGUUCCUGGGUAUGAUGUUGCUGGAGUGGUGGUGAACGUGGGAAGCCAAGUGAAGAAAUUUAAGGUUGGGGAUGAAGUUUAUGGUGAUAUCAAUGAGAAAGCUUUGGAAUAUCCAAAGGUAAUGGGUUCUUUGGCAGAGUAUACUGCUGCUGAAGAGAAACUAUUGGCUCACAAGCCACAGAAUCUGAGCUUUGCUGAGGCUGCUAGCCUUCCUUUAACAAUUGAGACUGCUUAUGUAGGACUUGAGCUAGCUGGGUUUUCUGCUGGCAAAUCUAUCCUUGUUCUCGGAGGUGCUGGUGGAGUUGGAAGCCAUGUUAUUCAGCUUGCCAAGCAUUUUUAUGGUGCAUCCAAGGUAGCAGCUACAUCUAGCACUGGGAAACUUGAAUUGUUGAGGAAAUUGGGAGCUGACUCGCCUAUUGAUUAUACAAAGGAGAAUUUUGAAGACUUGCCUGAAAAGUUUGAUGUGGUGUAUGAUGCAGUAGGGCAAACUGAGAGGGCAUUCAAGGCUCUUAAAGAAGGAGGCAAAGUUGUGACAAUAGUACCACCUGGAUUUCCACCAGCUAUAUUUUUCAUACUCACUUCUGAUGGGUCUAUCUUAGAGAAACUAAGAUCCCACUUGGAGAGUGGAAAGGUGAAGCCAAUACUCGACCCCAAGAGCCCCUUUCCAUUUUCUCAGACAAUUGAAGCAUUUUCCUAUCUGGAAACUAACAGAGCCACUGGAAAAGUAGUCAUCCAUCCCAUAUAAUAAGCAUUUUAGUUUCAUUAUAAUCUAUGCUGCUGUCUGUUUUUUUUUAAGGUUUGUGUUAAACAGUGAUAAUUGCUUUGGUAAUUGUUCUCUAUAGCCUAAAGGCUAAAGCUACGUUGUUUCUUUUGGAGGGAGAGUAUGUAGUGGAACAAAAAAUAUCUUCCAAGCGUGGUUGCAAUAUGGUUUGAUAAAAGUACUAUGGUUGUCCAAUUUAAAUAAACUGCAGCAAGAGCUUGUUAAUGUGACAGUCUUUGUAUUUAGUCUUGGUCUGUGGUUGAAAGCCCGUUGUACAUAACCUAGUAUGGUUGAAGUUCUGGCGAAUGAAAUAA